UCGUUUUCUGAGAAGAGACCAUAUUUGUUCGCAGGGGAAGCCGUUGCUUUCUGGGAUCUGGUUACAGCAGAAAAGACGUGUGCUCCAACAAGGGGGUUCCAGAAGGUAACUGGGAGUUGGAAGAGUCAAGGACACCUCCACACUGUGGAUUUGGAGUUCUCUGUCCAUGGGUGCAGCACCCAUGCUCCGCUUGUGAGUUCUGUCCCGGGAGAGCAGCCAUGGCAUUGAAGAACGUGCCCUUUCGCUCAGAUGUCCUGGCCUGGGACCCCGACAGCCUUGCAGACUAUUUCAGGAAGCUGAAUUACAGGGACUGUGAGAAGGCAGUGAAAAAGCAUCACAUCGAUGGGCAGCGGUUUUUGAACCUGACAGAAAAUGACAUCCAGAAGUUCCCUAAGCUCCGGGUGCCGAUUCUCAGUAAGUUAAGUCAAGAAAUCAACAAGAAUGAAGAGAGAAGGAGCAUCUUCACACGCAAACCCCAAGUCCAGCGGUUUCCUGAAGAGACAGAAAGCCAUGAAGAGGACAAUGGGGGCUGGUCAUCGUUUGAUGAAGAUGACUAUGAGAGCCCUACCGACGAUCAGAAUGAGGAUGACAAUGACGACUAUGAGUCCCCCAACGAGGAGGAAGAGGCGCCCGUGGAAGAUGAUGCGGAUUAUGAGCCGCCACCCUCCAAUGAUGAGGAGGCCCUGCAGAACUCUAUCCUGCCUGCCAAGCCUUUCCUCAACUCCAACUCCAUGUACAUAGACCGGCCCCCCUCCAGCAAAGUCCCGCAGCAGCCGCCCGUGCCCCCCCAGAGACCGACAGCUGGGUUUCCUCCGCCGCCGGCAGGCCGGAGUCACGCGCCACUCCUCCCACCCCAACCAAACCAUGAAGAGCCUAGCAGAAGUAGAAACCAUAAAACAGCAAAGCUCCCUGCUCCUUCCAUAGACAGAAGCACAAAACCUCCCCUCGAUCGUUCAUUAGCACCAUUCGACAGAGAGCCCUUCACACUAGGAAAGAAGCCCCCAUUUCCUGACAAGCCCUCGGCCCCCGCGGGAAGGCCUCUCGGGGAGCAUUUACCCAAGAUGCAAAAGCCUCCUUUACCGCCAGCCACUGAAAGGCAUGACAGGGGUAGCCCCCUGCCAGGGAAGAAGCCACCUGUGCCCAGGCACGGUUGGGGACCGGACAGAAGAGAGAAUGAUGAAGAUGAUGUGCAUCAAAGACCUUUGCCUCAACCCACAAUGCCCUCCAUGAGCUCCAAUACUUUCCCUUCCAGAUCCACCAAGCCAUUGCCCAAGCACACCCUCCCGUCACCUCACGUGCUUGGAGCAUUCUCUGAAAGUAACAGUGGUUUCCCACAGAGUGCCUCCCUGCCGCCAUACUUCUCUCAAGGCCUUAGCAACAGACCACCUCCCAGAGCUGAAGGAAGAAACUUCUCCUUGCCAGUUCCAAACAAACCUCGAUCACUGUCUCCUGGGGAAGAAGAGAAUUCAUUAAAUGAAGAAUGGUAUGUUUCUUACAUUACCCGACCAGAGGCAGAAGCUGCUCUUAGGAAGAUAAACCAGGAUGGCACUUUCCUGGUUAGAGACAGCUCUAAAAAAACAAUAGCAAAUCCAUAUGUCCUCAUGGUGUUGUACAAAGAUAAAGUUUACAACAUCCAGAUCCGUUAUCAAGAGGAAAGCCAAGUUUACUUGUUGGGAACUGGACUCCGAGGGAAAGAGGACUUCCUGUCUGUGUCAGAUAUUAUUGACUACUUCAGGAAAAUGCCACUUCUGCUCAUUGAUGGGAAAAACCGAGGCUCCAGAUACCAGUGCACAUUAACGCAUUCUGCAGGUUAUCCCUAGCAAGUUAGCCAAAUAAAUGAACCUUCCUCCUGCCUCUGCUGCCAGCAUGGGAAGAUCAGUCAACCGUGGUGAAUGGACAAACACUUAGAACUGAAUCAAACCCCUCAACAUGAGCACAAGGUUUUGACUUUCACAUAAAAAACUGUUUGAAAUGAAGACUGUCAAAUAGCUCAUAAUUUAUUUAUUCUUCUUCAAUGUUUGUAAAGUGCAUGAGUUAAUACUGUUCACACUUGAAGUCUAGUAGUGCACUGUAAUAAUUCAUUUAAAAAGUGUAUUUUGGAAUACCCAUUUCAAAGUACAGUAGUUUAUAUAGUUACAGAAAUAAUUUGAGGCAAGUUUAAAAACACUGAAACAGUAAUAGUUUUUGAUAUCACAUAAAACUGAUUUUUUUGAUAGCCAAACCUUUGUUAGUCAGAGGUAGUCCUCAGUUUUAUACAUAUAAUUUAAAAAUUCCUAAAAUUCAUUUUCUCAGCAGCAAUCAUUUAAGAGGCUUCAAACUAUUUCAUCCUUUCUUAUUUGGUGUUUUUUUGCUGGGGGGAUUUUUGUGUACUUUUUUAUGAAAAGAUAAAUGCAUGAUGGGAUAACUUCCUAGGAUUAAAAUUAAUUUUCCUUUUGCUUUACUUUUGUGUUCCUAAAACUAUUGACUUUGUUUAGUCCAUACUAUUAUACUUUUGUUUUAAAGCAAAUUUAACUACAAAUACUGAAAGUAAUCAUUUUAAAUUUAGAGAUGAGGCUUUGGUAUCAAAUACAUCUGGAUAUAAGUGCAUCAUAUCCCAACACCCACAUCCCACCUCCUCUAGAAUUCCCACAACUCCAAAAGCAUUUUCAAGUCAUGUGGAUUUUACCAAAGUCUUCCAGCAAAGAUGAAAGAGCAAUGCAUAUCCACAGAAAAAUGUGAUCAGACUUGCCUAUUAGAUGCCUUCCUUUGGAUCUCUUUUAUCCCCUGACAACUCCACCAUAAAGCCCUUCUCAUCUUCAUUCCUAAAGAGCCUUUAUAGAUCCUUUGAAGCAACACAGCUCUUUCCUUCAGCUUACUUAUCUCACUUAACAGACAGUAGUAGGUGUUCAGCACAACAAAAACCAGGCAUUUGGUUGUUCUUCAAGUUUUCCCCUUGAGGGCCUUGGUUAUUAUCCACCACUUUUAUUAACGACAAAAAUUUUCGGCUUCUCUAUUUAAUCUGCAAGUUUUCUGAGGGGCAAAGAAAAAUAUCUUGCCUCUUCAUUUUCGUAAGUUAAUUAACAGAACAUCAGAAGGGAGCUUAGACGUUACCUGGUUAAAACUGAUAAUAAUUUGCUAAGAUAACAGGUACGUGGAGACUUUUAACCAAUUAUGAUGAUAAUGUUUCAAGCUUCAUCCUUAUAAACUGGGAGUUCUCAAUUUAGGGUCCAGAGCUAGGGAGUUCUAAAGCUGAAAAAUCUUCAUUCAUUUACAUGUUUAUUCAAUGGAAUUUCAACAAGCAUUUAAUUAGUGCCUAUUCUGUGUUAAAUACUGAGUUGGAUGGUGAGGAUAGCAGACACCAUGAGUUGAUCUUGUGUCCUGCUUUAGGGCACACUACCCUUUAUGUUUGAAAAUCUCUAAAAUGAAGGAGGUCAUAGAUUUCAAAGCAGCUAUUUGGUAGUGAAUCAUGUCAGCUGCCAUAUCUCUACCCUCUUGUACCUGCCAUAUGUAGGAAACCAGUCUAACAGAAGAGGAUAAAGUCAAUGCACAGAAAUAGAACCAGGUUAGAAACAGAUGAUAAAUUAGUAGAGUCCCUGACAUCUAUUUCAACCACUUCCAAGUCACAUGACCCAAUAAAUGCUUCAGCUAACUUGAGUUGUUUUUGGCACUUGUUACCAGGAGAGAUCUGAUUAAUACAAAUUCAUACCAUCCACUUCUAAUUUGGUUAACUCUCUUUCAAUCUGAGCCAAAUUCAAGCAUAAAGUAAAGGAUAAGCAAUGCCCCAUGGCCAAUUUCCUAUAUCAUAUUCUUGCCACUAGUGAAAUGAAUUAGCCAUUCUUUGAAACAUUAAAACAAUAAAACAGCCUUCAAGAAUAUUAAA